AUGCGCGUCACUGUCUCCGCGACAGCUCUUCUCGGGCUGAGCCAGCAUGCCUUCGCCUGGGGAGCUAUUGGCCACAGGACAGUCGCUUACCUAGCAUAUAAUUAUCUCAGCAUUGAUACAAGAGGCUACUUGAACGAAAUUCUCCAUAAUGUGUCGCCAUACGACGUCUCUGACGCGGCGGUGUGGCCUGACGAGAUCCGUCGCUCGCGACCGUACACUGCCGGAUGGCAUUUCAUUGAUGCCCAUGAUAACCCUCCACACCAAUGCAGCGUCUCAUAUCCCGCCGACUGCCAUAACGAGAACAGCUACAGCAACAAUACAUGCAUCAUCAGUGCCAUCUUCAACCAGACAUCUCUCUUCAUCAACCCUAGCACGCCCAGUGUGACGCGCACAGAAGCACUGCGCUUUAUUCUACACUUUCUCGGCGACAUCCACCAGCCGUUGCACAGCGAAGACGCGUUUCGCGGCGGAAACGACAUCAAAGUCUGUUUCGGGCAUGAGUGCGAGGGAAAGGGCGCGACUAAUCUGCAUUCUGUCUGGGACAGAGAGAUUCUGCACAAGAUUGUUGGGUUGGUGGAGGAACCAGCGAAUUUGACGGAGCAGCGCAGUGUGGCUAAGAAAUGGGCUGAUGGCUUGUACUCACGAGCGUUGGCAGGCGAGUACGAUUAUGAUGUAUCGGCAAUUGUGCUUGCUGGGCAGUGCACUGAGUAUUCGCAUCCAUAUAAAUGCAGCCUGGAAUGGGUGCGCGAGUCGAAUGCUUAUGUCUGCAGCUAUGCGAUGCAGCCUGGAUUGAGUUGGCUCAAGAGUAAUGAUUUGAGUCUGACAUACUACGAUGGUGCGAAGCCAAUUGUCGAGAAACAGAUCAGUAUGGCUGGGGUACGGCUGGCGGCGUGGUUGGAAGCUAUUGUCAAGGCUGCAAAAGAGGAGACUACGAAAAUUGCAUGGGAUUAUUAUCAGCAGAGGCCAUUGUUUAACUGA